AAAAUGUAGAGGGAAAGUGUCAACAGAGUUACUAUGAGAUUUUACUGAGAAGUAACUUAAAUAAACGAAAUUUUGUGUAUAAAUUGUGCAGUUUUCACAAUGGAGUACACCACUGAAAAUUUAGAAAAGGCUGUAACGUUAUUUUAUCGAAGCGAAGCUUGCCAACAGGCGGAGGCUCAUCAAUGGCUCACUGAGGCCCAAAAUUCCACACAAGCUUGGAGCUUCGUAUGGGAAUUGCUCGAUCCACAAAAAAGUUCAGAAGUGCAGUUUUUUGCUGCCACCACACUCCAGAUAAAAUUGAUGAAGCAUUGGAAUGAAGUUCCAAAGGACUACUACGAAUUUUUAAGGAAGAAAAUUUUAGAUGCUAUAAUAAGCUAUGCUAUGGGUCCAAAACUUGUUCUAAAUCGUUUAUGUAUAGCUUUGUCUGCAUUUAUUAUUCACACUGUUCCUGAUUAUUGGCCAAAUGCAUUUGAGGAAUUAGUGGCUAGUUUUCAACCCCAUCAUUUGCCAACAAUAGAUCCAGAAAGGGUGAUAUGGAUUUUAUUGGAGAUUUUGACUGUGAUACCAGAGGAGUUUCAAAGCACAACUUUGGCUGUAUCCCAAAGAAACAAUGUUCGUGUUGUGUUGCAAGAUGUGUCAAAAGACAUUUUAAAAGUUGUGGAAAUGUGUCUAAUGCCAAUCCCCAAUUCAGGCUUUGAUAUUUCCAAUGUGACAACAUAUUUAAAUGCUGCAAGAUGCGCUUCUGCCUGGAUUCAAUUAGGUGGUUUAACCAUAGAGGAUUGUGGGAAUGUGAUAAAUCUGUUGGUUGACUUGACUUGUUAUGUGUAUUGGAACAACCCAGACCCAGAUAAUUUGUCCCCUGAGGAGGUUGAACUUACAGAGGUGACUGUCGAGGCAUUAAAUGCAAUCAUGCAGCAUCCUUACACAUUCAAAUACAAGAAUCAUGUUACAAAAUUUGGGGCAAAUAUGUUGUACAAGUUUCAAAGAAUUCUAGACACUGAAAGGAACAAGCCAGAUGGUAACAAGGAUGUUGUUUCAAAUUUGUAUGGUUCCAUUAUUGCCACAGCAGAUCAUCAUUCUAAAAUACUCAUAGAUAAUUUGAAGUCAUCCAAUCAAGAGCAACAGAAGAUCAGUUUUGACUUCUUUGACUCAAUACUGAAAUGCACAAAUCUUCCUGGGUUCUACCCAAUUGAUGAGUCCUGUAGCACAUAUACGUUUGCGUUCUGGUAUACCCUGCAGGACGAUAUUCUUGCGUUAAGAACGGCGGAAUGCGCACAACUCCUGCUGAUGAUAAAACCUUAUUAUCGCAGUCUGGUGUGUGUCAUGUUAAGAAAAGCAAUGUUUCCCCUAGUGGAGGACGAAAAUUGGACUUCCGACGACAAGGAGGUGUUCCGUUGUUACCGGCAGGAUAUUGCGGACACACUUAUGUAUUGCUUCAACGUUUUGAACAUCGAAAUGCUUGACAUCCUCCACACAAAGCUGCUGGAAGCGCUGCGAAAGGAGAACGCGUGCGCAAUAGAUCAGCCCAUUCAAUGGAACGAGGUGGAAACGUGUUUGCACGCUUUCAGCGCCGUGGCCGAGAGCGUGGAGAACGAGAAUCUGUAUCUACCCAAACUGAUGGCCAUCAUUAAAGACAUUCCAUUCAACGAAAUGCCAACCAAAUUACUCGCUACAGCUCUCGAGACGGUCGGUGCUUAUUCCGAGUGGCUUCCGGACCAUCCGGAGAUGCUUCAGAACGUCUUUCCGCUUGUCAUCUCGUCCCUGGGGAAUCCGGCGGUCGCCACAAGUUCCACGAUGGCCCUCAAGGACAUCACCCACAACUGCCAGCAGUAUUUGGUGCCGUACGCCGAUCACAUCCUGCUGUCGGCGCAAAGCGCUCUCAUAGGCGGGCAGCUGCGGUUGGCUGAGAACAAGCGGAUAAUGGCGAGUAUUGGCCGUACCCUGAGCAUGUUGCCCCUAGACAGGAUUAUGGAGUAUUUGAACAUAAUUCUGGCGCCGUCUUUCGAGGAGAUGCAGAAGCUUCUCACCGUCACCCCAUCAUUGAGCGUCGCAAAUUCAAUCUGCACGCGAUUGCGUCUAAUUGGUGCGUUGUUCAGCUCGCUGCACAUAGAAAGCAACAGUAAAGUGGAGCAGCCAAUUUUGCUGAUCAUGCAGAAAACGAUGCCGUUGUUCAGAGGCAUCGGCGAAAAGUAUUACGGCAAAAGCGACGUCAUGGAAGAGCUGUGCUCAGUUUUGAAGUACUCUCUAACCACGUUGAGAGAAGACUGCAAACCCAUAAUCAACGAUAUAUUGCAAAUGAUUGUGUUUACGUACCGUCAAUUUCCCAAUCCCCACGUCAUUCAUGUUUCAAAAUUGCUGAUAAUUUUGUUUAAUAAAGAUGAAGAGUUUAAAAGCUCAAACGAACAAUUGUUACAUGAAAUUGUUAACAGAUCGCUUCAGCUGUGCGCCGACUUGAAUGAAAAUAAUUUGUUGUCCGAAAAGUCGGAUGUGUUUGACGAAUUUUUCUCGAUGCUUGCCUCCCUGUGUAAAAAGACCCCCCAAUUGAUGUUCAAUAGUAGCAUUGAUACUUCCGCUCUCUUUCAAUGUGCAAUUUUGUGUUUGUCAAUGCCGGAAAUCCACUCUCUGAAGGCUGUUGGUUGCUUCUUAGUCCAAUAUAUUAGUCAGAGUAGGGAAACGGCUCAAGUCAAUGUUAUACAAACGUACGGCGAGACUUUAGUGAUUAAGCUUAUUUUAACUUUAGGUACCAGUGCUGUUAGGACAGCUGUUGAUAUUUACAGCGAGAUUUUCCUCGCUUUGAAUAAGAAGUUCUGUGAUAAUUUGACAAGGUGGUUGUCCACUUCACUGGCACAAGACGGUUUCCCCACGCCUAAAAUAAACGCUCAACAAAAGGAGACGUUUAUGAAAUCAUUGCUGAGGGAAAAAUCGAGCAAAAGGAAAAUAUGUGAUUUAGUAUUGGAGUUUAUGUUAAUAAGUAAAGGAGUAUUAAAGCAUGAUCCAACUCUACCAUGAUUACAAGAUUUCAUUUCUAUUGGAAUGAGGAUCCCGUCGUCGUCAUCCAUGUAGCCAUAAUAGUCAGCGUCAAUGUCUUUCAUAAGUUCAGCUCUAGUUUUCCGCGGGGGCGGCGGCGGCUCUUGCUCGAACAAUUCGCGGACCCCUGCAGCAAAUAGCAUUUUAUUCCGACAAUACUCUAAAACUUCUCUGUCUCAUGUGAUCAUGUGUUACCAAUUUUAAUAAUUUUUAAUUUAAGUUUGAUAACUUAUUCCAUCCAUUGAAGUAUAGUGAGUUAUUGAUUUCGAAAAUUCUUACAAUAUGACAAUAUUGUGCUUACAUUUAUCCUGGUGUAAAUAUAGUUAUUUGUAUCUUGCAUCAAAAGUACUGAAUCUGUUUCCUAGGAUUGUUUUGUAAUUUUCUUUUAAAUAAAUAUAAUACUAUUUCUCCUACA